AUGUCUGCCCCUAUCAGGAACGUCGUCGUCGUAGGGGCCUCCGGCGCUAUUGGGAGACCUAUCGUCAACGCUCUGAUGGAGGGCGGCUUUGUCGUCACAGCAUUAACGCGAGAGUCGUCCAAAACAACAUUCCCCCAGGGCGUGAGAGCGAUCAAUACUGACUACGGUUCAUCUUCGCUGGCUGAGGUAUUCAAGGAGCAGGAUGCUGUUGUCAGCACCCUUGGAUUUACCGGCUUGCAGAGUCAGAUUUCACUCAUUGAUGCCGCCAUCGCUGCAGGAGUCAAAGUGUUCCUUCCUUCGGAGUUCGGGCUGGAUACUGCGUCGCCAAAUGCAAUACAGACCAUCCCCGGAAUCAAAGUCAAGAUCGAUACUGUGGAAUAUCUCAAAUCAGUGCAGGACAAGAUCUCAUGGACCGCUGUUGUUACGGGGGCCUUGUUUGAUUGGGGCUUCGAUUACCCUGGUGUGGGAGGAUGGAAUGUGCCUGCGCGCACGGCUGUCAUUUGGGACGGGGGCAAUAUCCCUUUCGAGGCGACAAACCUCACCCAGACCGGCAAGGCAAUUGUCGCGAUUCUGAAGAACCCAGAAUCAAGCAAGAACAGGCCCAUCUAUAUCAACAGUUUCACUACUACCCAAAAUGAUGUUCUUCGGACUCUUGAGAAAGCCGUCGGCGAGAAGUUUCGGGUCACCAAUGCGAGCGUUGAGGAGACUUGGAAGGCUGGUAUGGAAAAGGCGGCGCGAGGGGGCGAAGGGCAGAGGGACGGCGUGAUUGCAACGAUCCAUGCAGGAUACUAUGGGAAAGGAAACAUGAACCAUUAUUCAGCAACAAGGGGUUUGUGGAAUGAGAGGUUAGGCUUGACACAGGAAGAUAUUGGCGAGUCUAUCAGGGCGAUUCUGGCAAGUCGUAAGUGA